AUGUUUGUAGUAUACACUAUCAAUAGUUUUCUUCGGAGAGAAAGACUUUGCCCCAAGGCGUUUAAGUUCUUCAAUUCUUGGACCUUGAGAGAGGGGUUCAAAGAGUUGGUUGUGGAAGGAUGGAGAGACGAGGUUCUAGCCAAACUGAAUCCGUUAUCUAGUUUUAAAGCUAGAUUGAAAAAUGUAAAGAAGCAGAUGAAGGAGUGGAAUAGGAAUGAGUUUGGUAGUGUCUUUGAUAGGAUUAAAGGUAGUGAGGCUCAACUUCUAGCUAUUCAAAGGGAUAUCAGCUUAGACACUUUGAAUCUUCAAUUGGCUAUGGAGGAAAAGGAGGCUAGAUCAUCCUAUGUGGCUGCCUUGAGAGAGGAGGAAAAAAUGCAGAACUUGAAUCAUAUUUUGGAGGUAGUUAAAUUUGAUGGCUCUACUACUGCGGAUGCAACCCUUAUCAAAGCUGAAGCGGUUCACUACUUCUCAACUCUUUUUGGUGACUCCCAGAUGAGGGAGAUUAUUCUCCCCAACUCCAUGAGCUUUCACUCUUCUCUAGAUGAUGCUCAUUGGCAAGCUCUGGUGGUUGUUGUUUCUGAGGAAGAGAUUAAAUCAGUUGUCUUCCAAUGCAAAGAUAGUAAGGCCCCAGGCCCUAAUCGAUUCAGUGCUAUCUUCUUCAAAUUCUCUUGGGAUAUCAUUGGCCAAGAUCUAGUAAAAGCUAUUUAG